AUGAAACUUAGAGAGCAUGGUUUAAAGCAAUGGCUGCCUUCGUGGACAAUUCCUUGCUUGAUGUACGUGAAAGAAAUUCGAUGGCUAUUACGCCCAAUACAAAUACAAAGUCACACACCGUUCGCGGUAGACCCACACGAAAACUUGUGGAGCGUUUUGGGAACGGGUCGGUCCGCAAAAUUUACGAGAGAUCAAUUUCACGAUCAAUCCUUUACGAGUGAACCUUUUAUUGAGAAAUAUCAAGCGAAAGCUGCUAUAUCAAACGAGUUAUCUCAUAUUAUGUUUACAUGUAGCAACCGUGUAUUUAGACGUGAUCGAGAACCCAGUAGAAUACCAGAAGCUACUCUGAAACGUCUCAGAAGAAAGGGCAGAAAACUGAAGGAAUUUGUUUAUGAGCGUAUUCGUCCAAGCAUACCGAAGUCCUCUUGGCUACGUCGUUAUGUGAAGGUUAGAAGAGUUACAAAGAAUGAUUGUAAGCUUAAUACAAAGAGGGUAAGAUUAAAUAAAGUUACAAGAAGUGAUAAGAAGUAUUUGUUGAAUUGUUCUGUAAGGGUAUAUCAAAGGAUAAUUAAACUGAAGUAUAGA